AUGGGGCUGUUCAGAGCCCUCGUUCCCCUCUUAGUCCUGCACCUGCUGGGGGGCUCAAACGCGUCCCUAGUGCAGCUGAAGGACAAUGGCUAUGAAGACAUCAUCGUUGCUAUAGAUCCUGAUGUGCCAGAAGAUGGAGAAAUAAUUGAACACAUAAAGGACAUGGUGUCCACAGCAUCUACUUACCUCUUUGAAGCCACAGAAAAAAGAUUUUUUUUCAAAACUGUAUCUAUAUUGAUUCCUGAGACUUGGGAUGCAAAUCCUGAAUACAAGAGGCCAAAACAUGAGAGCUACAAACACGCUGAUGUGAUAGUGGCACCACCGACCCUCCCCAACAGAGAUGAACCUUAUACCAGGCAGUUCACAGAAUGUGGAGAAAAAGCAGAAUACAUUCAUUUCACCCCUGACUUUGUACUGGGCAAAAAAGAAAAUGAAUAUGGACCAUCAGGGAGACUGCUCGUCCAUGAGUGGGCCCAUCUCCGCUGGGGAGUGUUUGAUGAGUACAAUGAAGAUCAGCCUUACUACAGCGCCAAGUCAAAGAAAAUUGAAGCCACAAGGUGUUCUGCAGGUAUCUCCGGGAGAAACAGCGUCCAUAAGUGUCAAGGAGGUAGCUGUUCAACUAGAAGUUGCAAAAUAAAUCCUACCACAAAAUUGUAUGAAAAAGAUUGUCAGUUCUUUCCAGAUAAAGUUCAAACAGAAAAGGCUUCCAUAAUGUUUAUGCAGAGUAUUGAUUCUGUUGUUGAAUUCUGCAAUGAAAAAAACCAUAACCAAGAAGCUCCAAGUCUACAAAAUCUAAAGUGCAAUUACAGAAGUACCUGGGAGGUCAUCAGAGAGUCUGAGGACUUUACAAACACCACAGCGAUGGAGACACCACCUCCUCCACCUACCUUCUCACUGCUGCGCAUCAGAGACAGGAUUGUGUGCCUCGUUCUCGAUAAGUCAGGAAGCAUGAGUGCUGGUAGCCGCCUCACUCGAAUGAAUCAAGCAGCAAAAUUGUUCUUGAUGCAGACUGUGGAAAAUGGAUCCUGGGUAGGAAUGGUUCACUUUGACAGUACUGCAAGCAUUAAAAGUGAGUUAAUACAAGUAAGAAGCAAUACUGAAAGAGACACCCUAGUGAAGAGCUUGCCUACAUAUGCUAACGGAGGAACUUCCAUCUGCAGUGGGAUUGCAAAAGCAUUUGAGGUGAUUAGAAAGGUAGACCCCCAAUUGGAUGGGUCUGAAAUAGUGCUGCUGACUGAUGGGGAAGACAACACAGCAAAGAACUGUGUUAAUGAAGUGACAGAAAGCGGGGUCAUAAUUCAUUUAAUCGCUCUGGGACCAUCUGCAGAUCCAGCAGUGACACAGAUGAGCAACCAAACAGGAGGAAAUCACUAUUAUGCUUCAGAUAACGCUGAGAACAAUGGACUCAUUGAUGCUUUUGCUGCCCUCACAUCAGAAAAUGUGGGUCUCAGCCAGAAGUCCAUUCAGCUUGAAAGUAAGGGAUUAAAUCUGAACACUAGUGCCUGGAUGAACGACACUGUGACAGUUGACAGCACUGUGGGAAAGGACACUUUCUUUCUUGUCACCUGGACCAAACAGCCUCCCAGCAUUUCUCUCUGGGAUCCUAAUGGAACACUCACAGCAAAUUUCACUCAGGACACUGUUUCCCGAAUGGCCUAUCUCAGCAUACCAGGAGAUGCAAAGGUGGGCACAUGGAUUUACAAUCUUCAAGCCAAAGCAGACUCAGAAACACUCACUAUUACAGUGACUUCUCGGGCAGCAAAUUCUGCCGUGCCUCCAAUCACAGUGAGUGCUAAAAUGAAUAAAGACACAAACACCUUCCCGAGCCCCAUGAUUGUUUAUGCAGAAGUUCAGCAAGGGUAUGUGCCCAUUCUUGGAGCCAGUGUGACUGCUGUCAUCGAAUCAAGCAAUGGACACACAACAGUUUUGGAUCUGCUGGACAAUGGUUCAGGUGCUGAUGCUUUCAAAGAUGAUGGGGUCUACUCCAGGUACUUUACAGGUUAUUCGGAAAAUGGCAGAUACAGCUUGAAAGUGCGAGCUCACGCGGCAACAAGCUCUACCAGGAGAAGCUUAAAGCAUGCGCUGAGCAGAGCCGCAUAUAUACCAGGCUGGGUAGUGGACGGGGAGAUCGAAGGAAACCCACCAAGACCUGAAGCUGAUGAGAAUACUGAGACAAUUCUGGAGAAUUUCAGCAGAACAGCAUCUGGAGGUGCAUUUGUGGUAUCAGGGUAUCCAAAUACUCCAGUCACUGACCCAUACCCACCCAGUCAAAUCACAGACCUGGCUGCCACACCUGAAGGAGAAGAGGUCACUCUAACAUGGACAGCACCAGGAGAGAAUUUUGAUGUUGGAAAAGUUGAACGAUAUAUCAUAAGGAUAAGUGGAAGCAUGAUUGAGCUGAGAGACAAUUUUGAUGCUGCUCUUCAAGUUAACACCACUGACCUGGUGCCAAAGGAAGCUAACUCCAAGGAAACCUUCACAUUUAAACCAGGAAAUAUCUCAGAAGAAAAUGCGACCCACAUCUUCAUUGCCAUUCAAAGUGUAGACAAAAGCAGUCUGACAUCAAAAGUGUCCAACAUUGCUCAAGUGGCUUUGUUUAUCCCUGAAGCAGAUCCUGAUCCUGAGGAAAAUAAUUCUUCUGGAGUUAAUGUUUUUGCUGUGGUGUUGUCAGUAGUGCUGUCUGUUGUAGUUGUAAGCAUUAUUUUAAGUACCGUUAUUUGUGUCAUAAAAAAGAAAAACUCUUCAAGCAGCCCUGGAACACAUUUGUAAGAGCCAAACCAACAUCAGUAAAGGAAAUUCCUGAAUUUUUAAUUUCAUCCAGUGAGUUCUCAAACUACAAUAGAAGUCUAGAAGAGUUAUUUUGAUAAAUAUAAAUACUAUGUAGACAUGUGAAAAAGCUAUCAAUUCUCAAUGUUAAGAGUUUUAUUCACUAUUUUAUCAUAAAUUAUGAGGAAUAAAGAUCCUUUUUCAUAUUGACCUUUAGUUGUAUAUUAUUUUUGUGGUGAACUGCUUUUAAAAUUAUGCUCAAAUUUUAUAAAGAAAUUAAAAGUGUCAUUUGAUUAUUCAAAAUACAUGUAUAAAAAUAAAGUAUAUAAUAUUUGGGAAGAAUGUAUUGAGUUUUGGUGCUAUUGUUUUUAAUUGCUGGCAUUAUGGUCACUGAAAAUCUCUAGAUAUACACUACAACUGAUGAGUUCAUUUUCACUACAAUUUGUAAUUAUGACGAUACUAGUAAAAUAAAAUUGGAUACUGCCUGUCGAA